CAGAAACCAAAACCAAUCGAGCGAGCCAGGCAGCUACCCGCAGCAGCCACCACAAAUUCGAAAUCCCUCCUCCUACCUGCAAGAAACGAGCGCCGAGGAAAGAAAUGGACUUGGCGGUCGGCGGCAGCUGGACACGCGUCCGCACGCUCGGCCGCGGCGCGUCCGGCGCCGUUGUGUCCCUCGCCGCAGACGUCUCCGGCGCGCUCUUCGCCGUCAAGUCGGCGCCCGCGGCCGCCGCGGACCAGCUCAGGCGCGAGGGUGACAUCCUGUCCGGGCUCUGCUCGCCGCACGUCCUGCCCUGCCUCGGCUUCCGCGCUGGCGCCGCCGGCGAGUGCCAGCUCUUCCUCGAGUUCGCGCCGGGCGGCUCUGUCGCCGACGUGGCCGAGAGGAGCGGGGGCCGGCUCGAGGAGUGCGCGAUCCGACCGUACGCCGCCGAUGUGGCUAGAGGCCUGGCGUACCUCCACGGGAGGUCCCUCGUCCACGGGGACGUGAAGGCGAGGAACAUCGUGGUCGGCGCCGACGGCCGUGCCAAGAUCGCGGAUUUCGGGUGCGCGAGGACGGCGGGUUCCGAUCGGCCCUUGGGUGGCACGCCGGCGUUCAUGGCGCCGGAGGUGGCGCGGGGCGAGGAGCAGGGCCCCGCGGCCGACGUCUGGGCGCUGGGCUGCACCGUCAUCGAGAUGGCCACCGGCCGCGCUCCGUGGAGCGACAUGGGCGACGUCCUGGCGGCGAUGCACCGGAUCGGCUACACGGACGCCGUGCCGGCGGUGCCGGCGUGGCUGUCCGCAGAGGCGAAGCACUUCCUGUCCAUGUGCCUCGCAAGAAACGCCCGCGACCGGUGCACGUCGGCGCAGCUGCUGGAGCACCCGUUCCUGGCAUCAGCCGGCUGCGGCGUGAAGCCUGAGGAGGCGGCGGCCAAAUGGGUGUCCCCCAAGAGCACGCUCGACGCCGCGCUCUGGGAGUCCGACACCGAAGACGACCACGACGACUACGGUUCAGAGAGCCCCGCCGAGAGGAUCAGAGCAUUGGCAUCCCCUUCCUCGGCAUUCCCGGACUGGGACUCUGACGAAGGCUGGACCGACGUGCUCAACGAGAGCCGCGAUGCCGCCGCCAACGCCGCCGAGGACGAGCCCGCGUCAUCGGGCGAAGAAGCGUCGGAAACGGAGGCCGAAUUCUCGGGGUCUGCAUACGUGGAGGAUGCCGAUCGCGUGCGUAUUGUAGGAUCAACCGCUCCCUCAGCUGAGCAGCACAAAGAGUUUUGUUCGGGCCUCUUCGGCGACCAAAUUGUAUUUCCUGUCAGUGGUACCGUUGAUGAAAGUGAAAUGACAGAAUCGUUAUUGCAUCAAACCAUAACUAUUACUACUACUCCCCAUUUCAAUUCCUUCCGGUUUCAGCACCCCGCUCGAUUGCACAUGCAGUUCUUUUUCCGGUUCUACUUCAUGCAUACCACAUCCUUAUCUUCCCCCGGCUCCUCCAGCUUGCCGUUCCUCCAUCUUACUGCCACACCUUCAGCACCGACGAGGGGCGGCUGGAGGCUCCCUGUCGGUGUGCCUACGACGGCUUUAGUCUUCACGGCGAGCCUCCAUACGGUUUCAAUCAGCUGCGAGAUCGUGGGGCCGUGA